GUGCAGCACUGCAGGUGGGGUCUGAGCAGAGCAGAGCAGAGGGACAGAAUCCCCUCCCUGCCCUGCUGCCCACGCUGCUCUGGAUGCAGCCCAGGACACGUUUGGCUUUCUGGGCUGGGAGUGCACACUGACAGCUCGUGUCCAGCCUCUCAUCUGCUAAUACAGGAAAUUGCAUUCCCAUGUAGAAUGUUAUUUUCAUGCUAAAACAUUAAGACACCUCUUUUACUUUCUAAACUCUUUUAUGUGAAUAUGCAUCUUGAAGACUAUGAAGAUGAAUCUCCAAUAACAGUCUUGCAUGACGUCCAUCGCGACAUCAAGACUCACAGGCAAGAGGUUAGUGCCAGUCUUGAUAAGAGCUGCUCUGAGGAAAAAGCAAUUCAUGAGUUUAUGAAGAAAAGUGAAAUCUUGAUGCAAAGAAAUGCAGCAGAUCUUGGCAAAAUAAGUGAGCUGUUCCAGAAAUAUGGCUACAAACUGCAUGUCAGAGACUCUACAGAAGAGGAUAAUGAAGUUAACAGUGGAUCAGCAAUGUCUGUCCAGAAUAAAUCUCAUGAAGAAAAAGAAAAUUAUGUACCUCACCUAUCUGCUUCUACAGAGAAGCCACCGUUACCCAAGGACCCACUGCGUAGCCCCCAGCUCUCUGAUUUUGGUCUUUCCCGAUUCGCUUUCUCCAGGCCUUGGAGCGGGGUGAAAGCACAGCACACAGCAAGUGCACGUCAACAGAAGUCAAAGAAUGAGACUCCACUAAAAUUGCGAAAACCCCGGGCUUUGCCCAGAACACCGAAGUGCAAGCUAAAGAUGGAUGACUAUGAGUGUGUAACACCAAAACUCGAGCACUUUGAUAUUAGUGAACAUACCAUGUGUAUGAAUGAAGAUUAUACAAUGUCACUUAUUCAUAAAAAUUUUCAGAUGAUCAAGAAUGUGGUACAAAGAGAAGACAAUAACAGAGGGAAUUUGCCCGAAAUGACAGUCAAGGAAAUCAUGGUUACUCCUGCAUCAAAAUCAAGUAAGAGAGCUGAGAAUGCAGCAGAUGACUGGAAGGCUUCUCCUAUGGUAUUUGUGUUCUGUACUCCUACUGUGAAGGUCUCUUCCAAAACAAAUAAUACAGUAUUAUCAAGGUCACCAGAGAAAAAGGAACUGCCUCUUCCCAGUAGUGCAGCAACACCACAGUGUCCAGAUUUUCAAACAAGAUGGCUAAAAACAGAAGCUAAGGUACAGCAGGUAACACCAGGGGGGAAGACUGAGUCAGUGACAAAGAAGGAUGCAAAAGAUACACCAUACAAAGAAGAAAGAUUGCCUUUUGCUGUGAGCUCUGAUGAGUAUCUUAAACAUUCUAGGGACCCUUCCCCUCCCAAACUGGAACACUAUGACCAUUUACUCAAUACUCCUCCACCUCCAGAAAUAACGAGGAUACCAGAUGAUGUUCUAAAGAUGCUUUCCCAAUAUAAUCGUAAGGUAGACUCUUCUAAAGCCAAGGAAAUGGAGAACAAGGUAGGAAAUACUACAAGAUAUGAAAUUGAUUCCACUGAUCACUGCAACAAAGAGAACAGAGGAUAUCGUGGAGUUUUCAAGACAAACAUCUGAAAUCAAGCUGAAGACCCUGUUGAAACUUUCACAUUCAUGGAUCUUAUCACCAAAACGUAACAAGUUCAAAAAGCAAAAGGAAGUACUGGUGGGAAGAAAGAGCCGUACCAAGAAAAGGCUUUUUUAAUGGAGAAAAAUUAUUUAUCCAUUAUGUGGAUUAACUUGUUUGAACUAACACCUUGUGCUUAAUUUUCUACUGACAUCAUUAGCAAAAUGUAUUGAAAUAUAUUGCACUUCAAAGAGGAAUGGAGAUCCACGUACAAGAUGGUACUUCAGUUGUUUGUUGUGCAGGAUUGCAUUUGCAGAAGGCUGUAAAGAGUGCAGUUAAGUUGUAAUGAAAGGAAAAUCUAGUAUAUUGCUUUAAAAAGUGGCUCACAGGCUGGUCUGGUGACUCAGUUGUUUCAGGGCUGAGGCUGAAGUCUGGUACUUCAACAGUACUUGGUAUAUUCCACAGAAGCAAGUAAGUUUUGGGUUUUUUUUUGUAUUGGAAGAGUAACUCCUGCUUUACUGUUUAAAACACUUUUGAGCUUUUAGUCCGUUCUGCAGUGCUAAGAUGUAUCUGACACAUCCCUGCGUCAGACUCACUGUUACCUCUCUGGCAGACAGGCAUUUCCCAUGCAGCUUCUUUCUUUAUACAUCAGCACAGUACCAGGUGCUAUGCAUCUGGUUUCUUUGUAGCCCUUGAAGGUGACUCUAGCUCUACUGUGAAUCAUUUGAAACUGUGCCAUUAUUACUGGUGUUGUAUAUCUUCAGCUGCUUGGAAGAAUUUGCUUGGCAGAAUUUGCCUGUGAGUGAUUUCUGCUGCCAUGUGUAUUCUGUUCAGUGCUGGAGACACUUCUAAAUGUGCACAUCUAACCCUGUAGUAGCUGACCAAGCUGAAGUUCUCAGAGGUGUUUGGCACUCUUUUGGUAGUCAUAGCAAUUAGGAUUUUUUCCUACCAGCACUUUUACUGUUUUCCACUAGAAAACCCGGCUCCAUAUCCUUGUUUGGAGCCAGUUUGCUGUUUCCAGCGUCAGCUAUUCCUCUGACUCCAGCACUGUUCUUAUCAUUUGUCUUCCAGUUGAUGACUGAAAUUCUGUCACUUACAUGAGGGAAAACAUGCAACAUAUGAGAAGGGAGAGACUGUCCCAGGAGAUGGGGAUAAGUGGAUGCCUUUCUGAACUCAGCUCCCCAAUUUUUUUUAAGGCUUUAGGAUAUGCAAAUAUCUAGAGAUGUCCACAAUUAUUUCUUCAGUUGCUUAGACUUGUCCUGGUUAAAUCUUAAUAAGUAAAGGUGCCUUUUUCCUGCUAUUACAGUCAUUUUCCAGGAUAAGUUUACAUCAAAUUAAUUUGAGAAGAUUAUUUUCUACUAGCUCUGACCUGAGCAUAUUGUCAUUGAAAAUGCUAGUUUCUGUUUAAAAGUAUGUAUUAAUACAUGUUAGUCUGUGAACUUAAUUAACGUUUUUGAAUACUAAAUAAAUUUGUCUCCAAUGCUUGGCAUCUGCUAUGAGAACAGUAAUUUGUUCUACCCAUCCUCUUUAGAGAGCAAAGGCCAAACCUGCCUCCAGGUUCUUCAUAGAUUCAAACCACAUGGUGGGGUGAAUGCUGUUUCUGGAAUUUCACGCCCUUGAAAAGGUAGAAAGUACUCUUGCUGCAGACCCAAGAGGGUUUCAACCAGACAGAUUUACCAGCACUAAACAGAGGGUUUCACAGCCUGUGGUCUCACUCUGCAGCACUUGAUGACUACUUUCUUGCCCUCAACAGACAGGUAUCCUUUUAACGUGAAAUGGAGCAAGCAGCUCUACCGUCUCAGACCUUGCUGUACCCCCCCUGCUUUCAACUAAUGAAAUUGAAAAAAGGGCUUAGAGAAGUCUUUUUCCUAAACUUGAGAACAACUCAGCACUCCACUGUGCUUUCCUCCAUUAGGGAACUGUGAAGCUGUACCUUGCAGUGCUGGGCCUCAUGCUGCAAGGCACUUGUAUAAUUUUGCUUGCCUACUAAUAUUUUCUGCUACAUAUCAUUAAUGUGAAAGGGAUUCAAUUAAUAUUUUAAGAUACAAAUUAUCUUCAAUAUGACAAUUGGAACCUUAAAAUCUUCUGGUCUA